GAAUGAUUGGUACGGGAUAGAGGUUUUGCAGGUCUAAUAAUAAUCCAAACGGCUGCUUCGGGAUGAUAAUCAUCCAUCUCUCUUACUGGUGCUUGUUGAAUUCAGAAUAAAUUCAGGACAGCCGGCCACCAUCUGACAUCACCACCUACCGUAGACGCUCAAACAGAACCUCUCACUCACUCAUCGGUCUUGUCUCCUUUCCACACAAUGACGCUCGCAUCUCUUCUUAUCCUUUGCGCCGUCGGCCUCGUCCGCGGCCAGAGCGAGCAACUUGAAUUCUGCGGCAGCGCGCCCUACUACGCCUCCGAAUACACCUGCUACGACAACCACACACUGUGCCCCCGACUUUACGGACAACCCACCCUGCCCUGCAGCGGCGCUUGCUACAGCCCGGACAUGUACCAGUGCCGCGACGGCCAGCUGGGGCUGCUCCCAGUGCACGACGCAACCGGCACCCCCUUCCAACUCCAAGUGCACAGCUCCAACCCGGCCCUCAACAACCGCCUUGCCGAGGUGUGCAGCCUGCAGUUCCACGUGGGUGAGGAUGCUGAGACGUGCGUCUACUGCUUCAACGCGCCGCCCCAGUUCGUCUGUUCCGCGUAUCGGAAUGAGACCGUCCUGCUGCCGUCGGGAGCCAUGUCUGUUGAUGUUCCCGGGAGCCAGUAUUGGUUCGUGGACCCCAUGACUAGCAGGCUCAGAACCACGGUAGGUGGCAAGGGGGGCGGAGAGGGCAUCGAACAUGCUGGCAAAGGUGUCACGAUUUAUCAAGAAGGGUACUUCUCAUACGACGGAACGAGCCAUUGGUUGGCAUGCAAAGAGGCUGGUGAGAGCCAGAAAUAUGGCAUCUUUGCUCCGACGGGUAACCCGAACCAGAACGACUGCGAGAAAAUCAAAUUGGUGGCCAUGGUCGAUACGGAGCCUGGAAAGGGAGCGUAUUCGUAUACUUGAGCUCGGUCUCAUUAGGCGAGAGCUCCUGCUACUGUUACGGCCGGUGGAAAACACUGGACAAUGGAGCGGCUUCUCACUUGGUGCCAUAGCCUCAUAGGAUCUACAGUGGGUGAUGAAGCAUGAGAGUAACGUGCGAAGUGGAGAGCAGAGGGCUGCAAUUUAUAACUACCCCAGCUGC